AUGUGCAUCGAGUCCUGUUUCCUACUCUACUCACCACCAGUCACGGAAAUAUCCAUCUACAUUUGUUUCUUCAGUAGCAGCUUCAGUGCAGAUACUUCAAACCAAAUUAUGGAACUUCCAAGUCAGAAUUUAAAGACAACACCAUCAUUAUCUUUAGGAAGAUUUCACAUUUCUGAAGACUGUGGUUUUCUUCUUCCAAAUCCUCUGAAAAAACUUCCAGAUCAUUAUAGGCCUUGGAUGGAAAUUGCCAACCAACUUUCUUACUUGAUUGAGAGUCACCAGCUUCGAGCUCAAGUGAAUAAGAUACCCCUCCUGAAUUGCCAGUUGCUCAAGAGUUACAGGGAACAGCGCCUGGCCCACCUGGUGUUGAGCUUAAUUACCAUGGGAUAUGUCUGGCAGGAAGGAGAGACACAGCCUGCAGAGGUUCUGCCAAGAAAUCUUGCCCUUCCCUUUGUGGAAGUCUCCAGGAACUUGGGGCUCCCUCCUAUUCUGGUCCACUCAGACUUGGUGCUGACGAACUGGACUACAAGGAAUCCUGAAAGGAACUUGGACACCAUUUUCUCAUUUCCUGGGGGAGAAAGCCUGCGUGGUUUUAUACUGGUGACUGUUUUGGUGGAGAAAUCAGCAGUACCUGGGAUUAAGGCACUUGUUCAAGCAGUGAAUGCCAUCCUGCAGACCAGCCAGAACUCCCUGCUGCAAGCCCUGCAGAGACUGAGACUGUCCAUUCAGGACAUCACCAGGACCUUAGGACAAAUGCAUGAUUAUGUAGACCCAGACAUAUUUUAUGCAGUCAUCCGGAUCUUUCUCUCUGGAUGGAAAGAUAACCCAGCAAUGCCUGUGGGGUUGAUAUAUGAAGGAGUCUCCACAGAGCCCCUGAAAUACUCUGGAGGGAGCGCUGCUCAGAGCACAGUGCUUCAGGCCUUUGAUGAGUUCUUGGGCAUUCGUCAUAGCAAGGAAAGUGGUGACUUUCUGCUCAACAUGAGGGACUACAUGCCUCCUUCUCAUAAGGCCUUCAUAGAAGCAAUCCAGUCAGCUCCUUCACUAAGGGAUCAUGUCCUGUCCUCCAGAAAUGGCCAACUUCUGACAGCAUAUAACCAGUGUGUGGAGGCCCUGGCAGAACUGCGCAGCUAUCACAUAGCCAUGGUGACCAAGUACCUUAUCACAGCUGCAGCCAAAGCAAAGGGCAGGAAGUCAAGCCAACUCCCAGGGCCACCUCAGGCUUUAGAGGACAGGGGCACAGGAGGAACUGCAGUUCUGAGCUUCCUGAAAAGUGUCAGGAAUAAGACCUUAGAGGCAAUCCUCUCACAAAGUGGUUAA